UACUUGACUCUUGCCUGCUAUCGGACAGCGGUGUUUAUCUGUUGUCAGUCAGCUCGGUGAAGUGGGCGGACUCCAGUUUGGGCUGAAGACAAACUGCACAGCAGAGUGGAACAAGGAGGGUUCAUACACCGCUGGAACAGGGGGAGAAGCGGACAGCCUGACUGGGAGUUUGUACUUUCUAUCCGCAUUGAAACUUUCUUAACUCUCCAUUACAGUGUUUAAUCUUCCACCGCUGUAAUGUCGACCACCGGGAGCUCCCCGCCCUACGAGGGGAUGUAUUCCAAACUGAUAGAUGAUGAGGGCGCAUAUGACGAUCUGAACCGCAGGCCAGAUGUUGGACACGGCGCUCACCCAGUCUCCCCAAUCAGACUGAUCCCCAGGCCGAGCGGCCCCGGGCCCUACCGUCUUGCCACUAUAUGCCUGGCUACACUGUGUGCUGUCCUGCUCAUCUCCAUCAUAGCCGUCACUGCACACUAUAAGAAGAACUCUCAGGGCAUUGGUGAAGCGACGUCAGGGAAACAGAAGCAGACUCAGGAUGCAAACUCGUCGGCUCUUACUUCCACCAUCACCAAACUGCAACAGGAGAAAAAACAGCUGCAGAAAGAGAAGGACGAGCUGCUGGCCAAACUAGCUACCAAGAUGGCCACUAAAGCUCCUGAAGUGAUCAAACCGACAGUGAAACCAACCAGAAAGGCCCCCAUCGUCUGCAACCCAGACUGGCAUCUUUUCAACAACAGCUGUUACUUCAUCUCCAGAAACUCAAGGGAUUGGCCGGAGAGCAAAUCGUACUGCGAGAGCCAAGGAGGUUACCUGGCCAUCAUCCACACAGCUGAGGAGCAGACAUUUCUAUGGAAUCUCCUACCCAGAGGUCACUGGAAUGCCUACUGGUUUGGGAUCACUGACGAGCACACGGAGGAUCAUUGGAAAUGGGUGGAUGGCACCCCACUGGUCGGAGGUUUUUGGGAGGUCGGCGAACCCAACAAUCACAUUGACGAGGACUGUGGCUACAUUGUGAAAACAGAGGUGUUGGAGCGAGUGGCAAUUCGGAGCUGGUAUGAUGCCCCCUGCACCAUGUACUGGCCCUUCAUCUGUGAGAAGGAGAUGGGUCCUGGAGCCAGCACAGCCAUACCACACUGAGACUGAGUCUGCACUGCUAUGAUCGACUGAGGAAAACCAGUGGAGCAAGGUCACCAGUCAGUCGUUUGUCAGCUGCGUCUAUGAACAACUGUUUUUUCUCUAUUUUACCAAAACACCUGGGACUGAGAAGGCUGAUCUUUUGCAAGUAUAAUCCCAUCUCACAUUUAGAUUAAUACGUUACUGAGAUCUGACUCAAUUCUGUCAGAUAUAAGAGAUAAAUGCAUCGUUCAUCAUUCACCAUAUUCGUGGUAUUUUUCCCUUUUCUCAUUGACGACAAGCAUAGGUGGUCGGCUCUGUGCAGAACACUGGACAAGGUUACUAAUGUUUAAUAAAAUGAGUUUACAGUAGAAAAUUAAAGCAGCAGCAGUAAUUGUACUUUUAUUUUUAUAACUUCUUCAUACUAAUUUCAGCCUUUAGAUAGUGAUUAUUUUCUUGACCACUGAUCUUGUAUUGAACAUCAGCAUUUGAAGACACGUUUAUGAGAUUAUUAUUAAUUUUUAUCUGUUGAGAAAUACAACAAAUAAACAAAUAUAAAUUGAAUAAAGGGAAACAAAAAACAUUAAAACAUUAAAACAUUAAAUCUCACAUCACUUCAGGUAAUAAUAUCCAGUUAUGAUUGAAACUUUUUAAUAAUAACUGUAAAAAUAAGACAACACAGUCUUGAAGUUACAACAGUAUAUCAGGGCCAUUGUAAGUACAUGACAGAAAUAACUGAUCUAGGAGGAAUAUUUGAAAAAAACUCAGAAUUUCCAGGAUUAAUGUCACAAAUUUGUGAGAUAAAAUGUGUUCAGAAUGGUGAAUUUAAAAGAAAAGAUUCACAAAUUUAGUUAAAAAACUUGACUAUUCUCUGAGAUUAUUAAGUCAUAAAUUUGCAAGAAACAAAACCCAGCAAUUUUCUGAGAAUAAAGUUGCAAAUUUACGUGAAAAAAACUUGGAAAAAUAGUGAUGAAUUUACUUUAGUAACCCAAAACAUACAUUGAAUCCAUAUUGGUGUAACAAGGGUUUCCCAUGAAAGAUUUCUAGAAAAUAGUAUUACAAAACGAAAAUGGCAUAUUGAUUAACUGAAUGCAUGAAUUAGUGCACAGGUUAAAUAAACAUAUGGUUUUUUAAAAGUUAUAUGUAUUGAUUGAUUGUUUGGGUAUUGCAGUUUGCUAGCGUUUGAUGUUUCACAGCGGGGAUGUUAGGUUGUGCACUUCAUCGUGCAUUUGUGUAAAGGAAAUAUUGUGCACUGAUUCAUGACCCAAUAGGAGCAAAGUAUUUGUUCAUUGAAGGGUAUAAUGUAAGACUCAUGUUGACCUAAUAAAUACCAAUAAGUACAGCUAUUAUUAGUGUUCCAUACUUUUUUCUUCGAGAAUUUAUGAUAUGAUCAGAGAAUAUCUGAGUUUUUAUCUCAUAAAAAUACGACUUAAAUCUCAGAAAUUCUGAGGUGUUUUUUUUUUUUUUUUUUUUAUCUGAAUAUUACCUAUAAUGGCCCUAAUACACAGUUGUAAACAUUUAAAGCAGCAGUUUUCAAACACACCAAAGGGCAAGCCAAAAUCUCAAGGCACAUCUGUGUUUAUAUCUGUGCACAAUAGCUUCUAUUUCAUGUGUUAUCAUUCUUAUCACAACAUAAGACAAUAAAUAGCUUUUUAUAGGCCAUAAUUUGUGGUUAUCACACCUAGAUUGGCACCACGGAACACUAUUUGAGAACCACUGAUUUAAAGUAUUAAAGAAGAAAUGCUGAGUUUGUGGCCUUAGAGGAAGACUGAAGGCAGUACUGCUGUCUUCUCUGCAUGUUUUUUAGGUAAAAACUAAAUUUCUGUUUUGAUUCAUAGUUUAUAUUCUCCUGAAAAAGACACCGAAGACAAACGAUUUUGAAGUAAAUAUUGAAAUACAUUAUCUAUCAUGAAGUAUCAGGAGUAUGAGAUUAUAAUUUAAAUGUUCCGCUGAUAGUAAAAUCAAAUGUAAUAGAUUGUAUCUUUGUGCAGUAAGUCUCUGUGCUGAGCUGGACAUCAGUAGGUAAAUCCUCAGAGGAGAACGGUGGUGCUUCUACAGCUUUAUGUUACCAGAGGUGUUACAUAGUUGUGGUGUUACAUGCAUGUGUAUCUGUGCCUUAUACCAGUGGUUCCCAACUGGUGGGUUGCGGUCCAAAAGUGGGUCACAGGUCCAUUCUGAAUGGACCACAAGUGACUCACAAAUGUGUCAAGUUUGUAA